AUGACUUCCCAACCAUCUAAUAUCGCUCCCUCUGCCCCGGAUCAAGCUGUUCCUGCAAAGCCUCGGCCACCGAGACGCCAAAGGCCAGACUAUAGGCACAUUCACCGUUUCCCUCUCCCUCUUCCUGUUCACCCUCUUCCUCCUCUAAUCCUGCACAACCCACUUUCUGUUAUCAGUGUACUACUCUCUUACCUCACCUACUUUAUUGCCCCUCCUCACGAUCAUGUCCAUUCUGCCUAUUUCGACUUAAAUACGUCGUCGGUUCAUGUUACCGACGAGAAGACCGUCCGAGCUUUGUGGGAAAUGGGUUUCUUUGGAAAGGGAAGUCUAAGUAGAAGUGAGCCAACCUGGCUGGAACAAGAGAAAACGCGGAGAGGACUGCUCGGCGGCGUCACCAGUGAAGAGGUUACUCGCCAGCGAAGGGCCGAGCGACGUGAACUGAAACUACAGCGAGCAAGGUCGGAAAAGCUAAUCAUCGAACAACGACUUCAAGCGGAAGCUGCUGCAAGAGAAGGUCGUACACUUCUGGACGCUCAGGCCGAUCUGUUAUCCGUUUCCGGCGUCACGAAUGGCGCUGCCAUAACUACAGAAAAGUUUUCUGUAAAAAAGGCGAGAGAAUCCAAGUUCCUCGAGGCACGGCAAUUGGCAGAACGAGAUAGGGAGGCUGCUAGCAAAAACGUUCGAUUUGCUACCGUUGAAGGGGACACCGCAGACCGCACAGUCAUCAAUCUGCGUGACCCUUCUGGGGAACUGGCCAUAACAAAUGAAGAACACCUCCAACUUUCCAACGAGGAAGCAUUUUUCCUCGUAUACGGAUUAGGCGCUUUGCACAUCUUUGACCAUGACCUCAAGACCGUGCUCUCCCCUACUUCUUUACUUAGAACGCUUUGUCACCAUUCAUAUUCGCCUCCCCGGGAUCUAUCGAUGGACUUGAAAACCGACGACCCAUUCCUUGUCUCUUACGUUGUGUACCACCAUUUCCGCUCUCUAGGAUGGGUUGUACGCUCCGGUGUAAAAUUCGGAGUGGACUAUCUCCUAUACUACCGAGGACCCGUUUUCUCGCAUGCCGAGUUCGCUGUCGUGGUGAUUCCAUCGUAUGACCAUCCAUAUUGGUCUGAAACAAAAGACCGCAAAGCAGAGUGCGCUCGUAAACAGUCACGCAGCUGGUGGUGGUUUCACUGUGUCAAUCGUGUUCAGGCCCAGGUGAAGAAGACGCUUGUGGUCUGUUACGUGGAAGUCCCACCACCAACCCAGAUGCUGGAUGCCGCUUCGUCCAGUAUCGACAUUGGAGCAUUGUUAUCUCGUUACUCUGACGACAGCUGGAGCAUUGAUAUCGCAAAGCUGCAACGCGACGCGCUGGGUUUACAACUCUUCAAGUAUCCUGACGCAAUUGGGAACUGUAGUUCACCAGUUUCUCAUGAUUCAAUAACUGUGCCGAUCCCGAACGAUCACAUUGUGACUUCCGCUCCUCCAAAAGUGACCGGCGAGUCCCCCGUGCAUGGAGGCUCCAUAGGGCUGGAUACAAACCAUAAUGUUACAGAGCCGCUAGACACGAAUCAACCGUCUCCUGAAAGAGCAACACAGCCCUCUUCUACGGGGCAAGCUGCUGCAAAAAUGGGUUCUGCCGAGACCAUACCUUCAGACACCCAGGUCAUAUCCCAGUCGGUAUACGACGAAAUCAUCCGGAAGAACAAAGAGGCUGGAAACGAGGAACCUGACAGCAAUCUUCUUGACCGAAAUACGCUCAUGACUUUGCAAGAAGGCGGUAGUGGCAAUUUAGACCUGCUUUCUGGCUUCGACGCUGCUCAAUUACAAGCACCGAAUACUGACGAGAAUGACGAUCAAAACAGCUCCAAGUUAGGAGAGUCCUCGCCUCUCUCAUAUGAGCGCAAUAAUUUUCCCGAGUCUCAACGGUUCCUUGCGAAGACCCCUUUGGCGACGAAGCAGGGUCAACUUGAGACUGAUUCUACGGCUUCUCCUUUAGUCUCUCGAAACCCAUUAGCAUCUGACCUCGAGUCAGCAAGCGGGGUAAUGGCAUUGAGUCAAGUAUUUAAGGCCACGCAGGCGCCUUCGUCUCCCCUUGUAAAUGGCUUACAAUCGGAUCUCUUGUCUGAUCGGCCGUCGCCCAAUAUCCCGAUACAAAACCGCCCGCUUGCGCCGUCAUUUUCCUCCCCAUUAAACAAUAUCGCGGCAACGUUUCCUCGUGACUCGUCGGACACGCAGCUCAACUAUGUCACGCUGAGAGAAUCACAGACAAGUAGAAAUGACAUGGCUAGGGGAAGAAUGACGCGUUCCGCAGACCAUAUAUAUUCUGAUGGCUGCAGCGACGGUGGAUUCGGCAAGGAGCCUCUUUACACUGAGCGCAGGAAACGUGAAGGGAGGACUGAUGAGGAGAAUGCCGCACAAUUUUCGAUGGUCUCGGCUUCUGCAAGGCCUCCUAGCGAUAUCGAAGCACGGAAAAGAAGACGAGCCACCUCAUUAUCGCGGAAAACGAAACGGUGCGAUAUGGAGGGAAACUCUACUGCGGCAGUUCAGCUGGAGCAGGAAGGGAUUAGUUAUGACCUACAGGCUGUAGGGACGAGUGAAGAAGAGACAGAACAGGAAGAGGAGUUACCAAGGCCUACGCCGCAAUCUCAGGUUCCCCAUCCCUCAACAGAAGAGGACAAGGAAAAUUGCGAUGAUCCACCGGCUAUCAUACCACACACUGGGAGCGCUCAUGACCGGCUUUCUCAAGCUCUUUCCUUGCAUGAAGGUUUGACCGGCACUCAUAGAAUGCCUGCUCAGACAGUCUCAGGCGGACACACACCUGUACGAAACGAUGACCUGAAUCCCGGUACAGUUGACGUGGUUAGAUCUUCACCAAUCUCCGUGGUGAAAGAUUCACAGUGGUCUCCUGAGCGUGAUGAUGUAAAACCAGCCGACCGGACAAUUGUGGGAAGCCCUAGUGAUCAAGGCCAAACCCGCUUUCGCGGCCCUCAGUGGCAAAGCGUGGCAGCGGCGGGACACGGGCGUGGUAUAUUAUCACCUGCUGAUCAGCCUUUUGCCCAAGAACUUCAGAUCUGUAGUCAGAAUGCCCCUUCUGCCAUUCUUCGCCCAGAAAUCGCCGAUAUAGCGAGGAUAUCAAAUCCAUCUCUGGAGGGGUCUGGGGGUGCAAAUGCAAAUAUGCAUCGCUUGAGGAAAGCAACAAACGAACCCGAGAAUGGGAACAUGGCGCUGAUUUUCGGCGCCCGAGAAAAAUCUUCUUCAAUGCCGUCGUGUGUCGCGGAAACCCCUGUUCAUCGCCGACAAAGAGCAUCUAACGAUCUACCACAUUUUGCCACUAUUCCAGAGACUAGCCCAACCCGUUUGGAUAACGGGGCCUGGAUGAGUGAUGGGGACAACGACGCUGCAAAUCAGGAGGAUGAUGAUUUGCCUCUUCCAUAUCCAAAGGCAAUGGAAGAUGCCCAUAAGCCACAUCAAUUUAUGUCUCAAAGCUCAUCUCCAGUUAAACGUUUGCUCAAUUCAAAGAUCCUAUCAAGCCCAAGCGGAAGGCAGCGGAGGGCUCUGACGGAAAUAGCGGCCGAUGCUUCUCCUCAAGUUGGGGCUACUAUUGAUGUCAAUAUCGACAUCAUGUCUGUUGAAGACUAUGAAUUUAGGGAUGCUAUUGCACAGUCUCCCAUUCGUCCACGAAAGAAGCGGCGUAGCAAUGAUGGUCGGAAUAUCCCAGCGUCGGAUCCAAUCAUUCCUGUUACGCCCCGCGCAGAAUCUCACUUCACUCCUCCACGGGAGGAUGAUGAGAUGGUAUUGGCUUUGCCCUCGCAACCCGCAAACCCCACGAACCAGCGUCAAAGCACAUCCUUACGGCGGCCGAAACCUUCAAGAAGGGCCGGGUCUAUCUGGGACACGGAAGAUUCUCCUAAAUUCCGGUUAUCAAGUAAAGAAAGGUCUAAACUGUUUGCCCGCUCACAAGCUCGAGAGCGUCAGCCUCCACCGGCGCCGAAGCCAGAGCUACAAGAGGCACCUCAACCCACGCCUGUUCCAUCUCGAGCCCAUGUGGAAAUUACCUCGACUCCAAUUCAUGAAGCACCAAGUAGUAACCUGGCUAUUGAGGAGAGCACGGGCUAUAUAGGCCAGCGACCUCCCCCUGAUAAUUCUAUAUUGGUACCAAACCAGGUUCUUGCACCUUGGAGGGGCCAAAAGAGGGCCUAUUAUCCAGCAGUUUGCUUAGGAACGCCUUUUGGGACAUCACAGGAUCAGUACAUGGUCAAGUUCGAAGACAGUGCCCCAGUUGAAGUGCCAAAAGGUGCUGUCAAGAGGCUUGAGUUGCGAAUCGGCGAUGCUGUUAAAGUUGAUAUGCCACAUAUUCCCAAGAUUACGCACAUUAUCAGAGGGUUUGCGCAUAAGCUCAGCGCAGAAGAUGCCGUUAACGCAGUCACAGACAUAUAUGGGCAUGCGACGCUUGUUGUAGGGCCAAAACAACGCAAGAGCCUUACGAACAGUGGGCUAGUAGGCCCUGAGAAUGUUAUUAAUGUUCCUGUCUCACGAAUUUACUUGGAUACUAUACUGUGGAACAAAAUAAGGGAUCGGCCUUAUACUUACACUUCCGGCUCUGAAGGCUUAAUGAGCAGACUACAAACUCCUCCAGACAGACGCAUCGCACAAACUCCACCUAGCACAAGGCUAUCUCGCAGCCUCCGUCCCUCAGAUGGCCUAUUUUCCGGCAUGGUAUUUGCCGUGUCCUAUGGUGAUAAGAGCGAGGCCAAAUAUCGCGUUACAAAGAUGAUCCUGGAAAAUGAUGGACGGAUUUUAGAUGAUGGCUUCAACGAAUUAUUUGAGCUUCCAUCAUAUGCCCCAAUUGCAACGCCGACGGGAGCAACAGCUUCCCAGCCAACAGAACUGGAUUCUCAUCUUCGUCUUAAACCUGGUGUUGAAAAUGCUGGCUUUGCGUGUCUAAUCGCAGACAAACACUCCCGUCGUCCGAAAUACAUGCAGGCACUGGCUCUCAAUAUUCCUUGUCUCUCAGACCGUUGGGUAGAGGAUUGCGUUGCUAAAGGCCAGGUAAUGGAUUGGGAAAUGUACCUUCUCCCUGCUGGUGAAUCAUCAUACCUCAAUGGGGCAACGAAGUCGAGAAUCCUCACGCCCUACCCGGCGACUAGAGCACGACUCUCCAAGACUAUCUCAUCGCGGCCAAAUCUUCUAAACGGGCAAUCUGUCUUGCUUAUUACAGGCCGCAACGGGAAGGUAGACGAGGAACGAAGAAAAGCCUACAUCUUCCUAACAUAUGCUCUGGGUGCAUCGAAAAUCAAACGUGUUCCUGAUAUACAAUCUGCCCGGGCAGCCCUCCAGAAGCAGCUACAGGACGGGCAGGAAACAUCUUGGGACUGGGUCUAUAUUGAUGACGACGACAAAGCAGCCAAGGUUUUGGCGGCUGGAUCCCUGCCAUCAAAAAGACGGAAAAAUUAUAGGCUCACAGAAACAAUCAGUGGAGAUGACCUGGGCCUAAAUAGCAAUGUCCGGGUUGUGGGCAACGAGUUUGUCUGUCAGAGUUUGAUUCUUGGACGGCUGGUAAAUUAUUGA